AUGUCCCGAAGUCUUGAUCAGUGGGAAAAAUCACCUUGUCAACGAACUUUAUCGGUUCAGAGGCAAUAUUUGAAUACCGUACAAAGCAAUAUGGAUGCCAUGAAAAAAUAUCUUCCCAACGAUGCUUCGACAAACGGUCUUGACGGGACCAUGGUGUAUGCUCUCCAUACGUUUCAUGCUGCAGGUCCCGGACAAGUGUCGGUGAAUCGAGGCGAACCGUUACUCAUCCUCAACGAUCAACAUGCUUAUUGGUGGCUUGUCCGUGUACUGCAUACAUUGGAAGUAGGCUAUCUUCCCAGUGAGAAUAUUGAGACUCCGGGCGAACGACUUGCGCAAUUGAACAAACAUCGCAAUGUCCAGCUGACUAGGAUGCCAACCACUGCUACAAAGACAACGAACAAGAAGACUAAGAAGGUGACUCUGUCAUCGUUUCGGCGCUGCCAACUACCAGUGAUUACAAUGGAUGAUCUCGGGGAAGAAAAAUUGGCAUACGAAGAGUGGGAAGAAGAUGUUCCGAGUAGCGAGCCUUGGCAAUUUUGUCAGCCAUCGUCCUCCAUUCGACCCUGUGGUACGCCACCCCCGUCUCGAUUUCGUCUGCGAAAAAGAUCGCCCAUCCCCUAUCCGGUCAUCGAUACCGUGGCGGCUGUAUCGCAAGGUGACAAUAAGAAGGCCGGACCCGUUGUCAUGCGAAUAUUUUCGGGCAAUAUUCCCAUCCAUGCUACCUAUCAUUGCCUGCUUGUGGAUGAAACGACCAACGCUGAAGAACUUGUCAAGCAAGCCAUGCAGCGUUUUCGAUUGCCACCGCUGGACAAGCAAGAUUCGAUAGCAGCAGACGGAGGGGUAGAAUAUUACAUCAGCAUGACAGUGAAUGAUCAAGAUGCAGUUAUACUUGUGCCCCAGGAUAAACCGCUGAUGAUGUAUCGCUCGCUGACAUGUUCUUCCUCUACUCCUGUUCCUACUGCCCUGCCCCAGGAACUGGUCGACACAAAGCAGCAUAUGACAAACCGUACCACUGAUGGCUGUGAAAAUACGGCGGUGCGUUUCUACCUGAAUAAACGGAUUAAACGAGAAAACAAUGGUCAACUCUGUAUCAAGCUUAUUUAUCAGUAUGCGAUGUUCCCCGAACCCCGAGGCGGAGAUAGUCACGGCCGCAGGCCCCCGCAAAGGAAAAGACUUGGUUUUUAUAAACGUGUGUCGCCAGCAUUCCAUGAAGAACAGGUUGAAAAAAUGGUCAUGGCCUCGCCCAAGCUAUCUAUAGGCGAAUUAACACGGAUAGCCAUGGAAAAAUUUCAUUUAUGCGACAAGUUGGAUGACGCCGAUGACAGUGCAGCAAAAUACCGUCUGACUCUAUUGAUUUCCAAUAACGAUGGCAGAGAGAAGCUAUUUCUGCCAACGCGGCAACUAGGGGAUGUGGUUCAGUCUGCGUGCCUGUCAGAUCAUGACAAACGCUCGCCGGAAUUGACUUUUAUUUUACGUCACAUGAGCCGGUCUUAUGUGGCGGACGACAAUCCACUAAUGCCUAAGAAAUCAAAUCGCCAAAUAGCCCCUUUCAAGCCUAAACAUACCGAUGAAAUUUUCGAUACCGACCCACUUGAACGUGUGGAUACCGCAUUGCAGCGUAUAAUAAGAGAUUCCUGA